AUGCACGUCGAGGCGGCCAUCGACGGCCCGCUCAUUUUUGUUGGCGACACGCUGUCUGCCAAAAUCAGCUUCACUCCACAGCGAUCGAGGCGAAGGUCCAGUGGAACUGGACAAUCCGACAGCACUCCUGUUCACUUGCUUGCCGGUUAUGCAAUUGUUCAAGGAACGUUUCGUUUAGGAGACCAGAUACUACCCGAAAGCUUCGAAGCUACCCGUAAUAGCGGGGUGGUUGUUGGAAACCAUGGUGUAGAGUAUGGAUAUGGGUCAAUGCCGCAAUCUGGUCUUCUUUCUAGCAUGUGGGGUGGUUUGCGGAACUUGGUUGCGAAGCAGCCGGAGGACGACUUUGAUGAGGCACAAGACAUAUAUCCAGUUUUCAAUACACCUCAGCAGCUGCUGUUUACGGAUUUGGUUGUAAAACAUCCGGUGAGUUUUGAUUUUGUUGCCGAGUUGCCCUCUAACUUACCCCCAACUUACCGGUCGCGUGCGUUGUCGAUUUCUUAUCAACUUGUAAUUGGGUUUCAGCAUUUUGUCAAUGAUGCGCCAGAACCAACCCAAUUGUUCCUUCCAUUCAGGGUUUACCCAUUGGGAGCUGCUUCAUCGUUUGAUCUAACCAAGCCAUUGACGCCUGAGACAGCACCAACUACAAAAUCGCAAACAAUGCAAGAUUUUAUUGACAACUUUGUUAAUGAAUCACAGUCAUCUAGCCCCGCAGAAAAGCCUGCUCAGCAGCUUUCUUAUAAUGUGGCUAAAAAUGGCGAACAAAUCGCUACUGUACAUUUUGCCCGCUCUCCCGCUCGUAUUGGCGAUGCCAUUGAGGCCGUCGUCGAACUUGCACAGCCAUGCCUUCAUCUCACCGCUCGCCUAGAGCUUUGUGAAGUCAUCGAUGAGGAGAUUGCUGCUGGAGCAGCUCAGGCAUAUCAAACAUUCACGCGCCAAACCAUGGCCACAACUGCCCUCGACCGGGUAGCCCUGCAUCUCCCGCUAUUACAUGGCACAACCCCACUAUUGAAUACCAAACAAAUCCAAUCAUCAUGGUCGUUGAGGCUGGAGUUUGUUGGCCUAGUCGGAACUUACUAUUCCGACAGUAGCGAACAAGAAAAAAUCGCCAAAGCCAGUCUCAAUACUGAGGUAUUCUCUUGCCGACUGCCUAUUUCGGUGCUGGCACCGGACUCUGGCGGUCACGGCACCAGUAAAAGCUGGAGUAUUCAUUAG